AAGACGAUCCCACCAGCAGUUGUUCACGAGGACGGUGUUCCUCCAACCACUGACCUUCAGGGUCCACACCACCUUGGUAUUUAGUUGACGACUUUGCCCCCAUCGUCGUCGUCGCCGGGGAUAGCUCUCACCGGAAAGGCCUUCUUUCGCUCAACGCCAGUCGACUCGCCUGGCAAACAGAGUCUCUGAAGUGUGUAUUCUUCGAACGUUGGGAGGGAAGGCCAUCACCAACCGACCAAAACAUACACUGUGAGACCAGCCGCCAUCCUGGAUUUCCAUCUGGUGCCCGGGGAAGGGCGAAGGAACUACACUGGAUUCGUCACCAAGACGAUCCUGUACUCUGCCACCUUACUCGUUUUCUUAACUGCUUCUGCACUGACGCUGGCGUCAAUCAUCGUGCCGAAAUGGGUCAGCUAUUACACCAUCUGGCACGAAAUUCCAUUACUCCUAUGGCCUUCAUCGCCGCUGCUCCUCCCUUACCCAGUCUUGCGACCCAUUCCCACAAUAUGAAGACUGUCACGGCGACAAUGACGGGUCCUUCUGCUCGAUGUGGCGCUCCGUCGCCUUCCUGAUGUCGUUCGCGAUCGUGCUUGAAGGAAUGACACUAAUCACAUACAUUUUCAUUCUCGCGGGUGGAAAGCAAAUGCGAGAAACCGGGUGGAAAGUUCUAACGUUGUUUUUGGUAUUUAUAACCCUAGUGCAAUGCGCCGCGAUGGCGCUGGUGUCGUAUCUCUUUGACAACGAUGAACGGUUCUAUCCCGGCUGGAAAUUGGAUAAAUCUUGGAUUAUGAGUGUGGUCAGCAUGUGCCUGGCUGGUUUCAACGCGGUCAUCAUCUAUAUGACCAUUCGCACCCUGCCGUCCGAAGGUGGAUACGAAUUGAUUGCCGAUAAUUCCUAAUGAUUCUCCAUCUAUCUCUACGUAUACCAUUUUCCGAUCGAUGUGUCUUUGUUUUUUCUAGCGGUGGAUAUUCAUGCUUUCAGCUUUGAUCUUAAUAACGAGUGAUAAUCCUGUGAUGUCGCAUUAUUCGAACUAACAAUCCGGCGCUUGGCUAGCUUUCCUGAACCUCUUUUUCUUGUUCUUUGUCCUAGCUUUAAAUAAAUUUGUGACGUCCAGUUGGUUCCCAUCCGGUUUUUUUGCCUCUAUUUCAUUUGCGUUUCAAGAUCUGAUGUUGCUUUUUAUCGAAGACCCAACGGCGAUGGUGGUGCAUGCAUACCUGCAUCCUCCAAUCAUCCAUCGAGUAACUAACCAAUAUC